AUGGUUUUCAUUCUAGGAGUCAACUUUUCCGAGCAAAAGCUCGUGAAGAAGGCGCUCGAGUCUUUCUUCGCUCUCGGACCGACUACAUCAUCCCGCAUUCUGGCCAAAUACUCCAUCUCCCCCAUGUCCAAAGUCGGCGCUCUACCACCGAAAACCGUCACGGCCCUUACGGCAGAGCUAUCGACAAUGACGAUAGAAAGCGAUGCGCGGAAGAUCAUACAACAGAACGUCAUGAGACUAAAGGAUAUGGGAAGCUACCGAGGAAGAAGACACGCCAUGAACCUCCCCGUGAGAGGACAGCGGACGAGGACCCAGAUCGAGUCGGCCAGGAAGCACAACUCUGCGAACAGACGAUGGUAA